CGGGCCCCAUCGAGAACCCCGCGAAGCGCCCGCCCGGCGCUGGGGGCUUUGCCUCCGGCAGAGCUCUGUCUCCGCCAGCCUCCCGGACCUCUUUGUGCGGCCGGAGGCGGCGGCGGGAACGACCAUGGCGGCCAACAUGUACCGGGUGGGAGAUUAUGUCUAUUUUGAGAACUCUUCCAGCAAUCCUUACCUGGUUAGACGGAUUGAGGAGCUCAACAAGACUGCAAAUGGAAACGUGGAAGCAAAGGUGGUCUGUCUUUUCCGGCGAAGGGACAUAUCUAGCAGCCUCAACAGCCUGGCGGAUAGUAAUGCCAGGGAGUUUGAGGAGGAAUCAAAGCAGCCAGGAGUGUCGGAGCAGCAGAGACAUCAGCUCAAGCACCGUGAGCUUUUUCUCUCUCGGCAGUUUGAAUCAUUACCAGCUACCCACAUAAGAGGGAAAUGCAGUGUGACACUCUUGAAUGAGACAGAUAUUCUGAGCCAGUACCUGGAAAAGGAGGACUGCUUCUUUUACUCACUGGUGUUUGACCCUGUGCAAAAGACACUUCUAGCUGAUCAAGGGGAGAUCAGAGUUGGUUGCAAAUACCAAGCUGAGAUCCCAGAUCGCCUGGCAGAGGGAGAAUCAGACAAUCGCAACCAACAGAAGAUGGAAAUGAAGGUCUGGGAUCCAGACAACCCUCUCACAGACCGGCAGAUUGAUCAGUUUCUCGUGGUGGCCCGAGCUGUGGGCACCUUUGCAAGAGCCCUAGAUUGUAGCAGCUCCAUUCGGCAGCCAAGCCUGCACAUGAGUGCAGCUGCUGCCUCCCGAGACAUCACCCUGUUUCAUGCCAUGGACACAUUGCAAAGGAAUGGCUAUGACCUGGCAAAGGCCAUGUCGACCCUGGUACCUCAGGGUGGUCCAGUGCUGUGUCGGGAUGAGAUGGAGGAAUGGUCUGCUUCUGAGGCCAUGCUAUUUGAAGAGGCCUUAGAGAAAUACGGGAAGGAUUUCAAUGAUAUUCGCCAGGAUUUUCUACCCUGGAAAUCACUUGCAAGCAUAGUCCAGUUUUAUUACAUGUGGAAAACCACAGACCGGUAUAUUCAGCAGAAAAGAUUGAAAGCUGCAGAAGCAGAUAGCAAACUGAAACAGGUCUACAUCCCCACCUACACUAAGCCAAAUCCUAACCAGAUCAUUUCUGUGGGUUCAAAGCCUGGCAUGAAUGGGGCUGGAUUCCAGAAGGGCUUGACUUGUGAGAGCUGCCACACCACACAGUCUGCCCAGUGGUAUGCCUGGGGCCCACCCAACAUGCAGUGCCGCCUUUGUGCUUCCUGUUGGAUCUACUGGAAGAAGUACGGGGGGCUGAAGACCCCGACCCAGCUUGAAGGGGCUGCUCGGGGCACCACAGAGACACACUCAAGAGGUCAUUUAUCCAGACCCGAAGCCCAGAGUCUCUCUCCCUAUACAACCAGUGCUAACCGGGCCAAGCUCUUGGCUAAGAACAGGCAAACUUUCCUGCUCCAGACCACAAAGCUGACCCGUCUUGCCAGACGGAUGUGCAGGGACCUGUUACAGCCGAGGAGGGCUGCCCGACGGCCCUAUGCCCCUAUCAAUGCCAAUGCCAUCAAGGCAGAGUGCUCCAUUCGACUUCCUAAGGCUGCCAAGACUCCACUAAAGAUCCACCCUCUGGUGCGGCUGCCUCUGGCAACUAUUGUCAAAGAUCUAGUGGCCCAGGCACCUCUGAAACCAAAAACACCUCGGGGUACCAAGACACCGAUCAACAGAAAUCAGCUGACCCAGAACAGGGGCCUGGGGGGCAUUAUGGUGAAACGGGCCUAUGAGACUAUGGCAGGGGCAGGGCUCCCCUUCUCUGCCAAUGGAAGGCCUCUGGCCUCAGGGAUUCGCUCAAGCUCACAACCAGCAGCCAAACGUCAGAAAUUAAACCCAGCUGAUGCCCCCAAUCCUGUGGUAUUUGUAGCCACAAAAGACACCAGGGCUCUACGGAAGGCUCUAACCCACCUGGAAAUGCGGCGAGCUGCCCGAAGGCCCAACUUGUCCCUAAAGGUGAAGCCAACGCUGAUCGCAGUACGGCCCCCAGUUCCUCUGCCUGCACCACCUUCACAUCCUGCCAGCACCAAUGAGCCUAUUGUUCUGGAGGAUUGAGCAUCUGAGGGAAAGGGAGGUGGACUGAGAGGUAGAGGAUGGGUGCCCAGGGCACUCGAACCUCCCUGUAGUAUCAAAGGGAAUAAGGAAUGAGGGAGCACUGGAGCUAGUGUGUCCCUGGAGGGUUGGGCACCCUCUGGUAUCACUGCCUCAGUGACUUUCCCUCUUGUGCUCCUCCAUGCUUGUGAUGGAGGAUAGCCUUCAGGAUGGCCCUUGUGGGCACCUAGCCUGGUUAGGGGGUAGGACCCACAGUUGUCUUGGACAGAUUAGGGGGGAGGGUUUUUUAAUUUUUUAAAAAUUUUGCCUCCCUUUGUGAAAGGGACAGGGGAGGGGAAGAGUAAACAGGUUGUACCUGGUGGUAGUACCUGGCUGGGGGAGGGGGGUGUGCACUGCCAUGUCUGUCUGUCUUUUUUUUUUUUUUUUCUUUCUUUCUUUUUUUUUCUAAUUGGGGGUUUCUCUUACUGUCCGGUGUCCGGACUUUCCUAAUUGGAGUUUGAGGCCCCUUAGCUGGCACCUACCCCCCCAUGCUUGCUCUUUCUUCCCUCCCCUUUCCCCUUCUGCCUUUUGUAUGCCAAUUCUCAGAAAUAAAGAUCUUUUGUCUGUUUUUUAACCUUGGAUUCUGUAAUUGGUUCUUAUAGUUACAAAUAAAAAGCUGUUUUCUUCA